UUGUAUAACUACAGAAUUUCAGGUACUUGUCCAAACGGCGAAACACCUUUGUCCACUCCAUCAACCUGCACGUCUGCACAUCCCUGUCCCACCGGAUAUAGCUGUAGAGAAGGCAAAUGCUGUUCAUCGCCAAGUAAGAGAAUCAUCCCGGAAAAUAUCUUGCGCCAACAUUUGAUUACGAGUCUUGUGCCUAGAAGCUCUCAGUGUUAUUAUGUUAUUAACAUUUCAGAUGUAUGUCCCGCUGGCUUACCGGCAGGCGGUGGCCCAACAUCUUGUGGUGAGGACAAUCCAUGCAGAGACGGAUAUGAAUGCGUUACCGCCGGUGCUUCUCAAUAUUGUUGCCCAUCAAGAGAAAACGCCUGCUCUUUGCCACGACAUUCCGGCUCAGCGUGUGCUAACUCUCGUCCGGCCAUUACUCGUUAUUACUUUGAUGUGUUCGACUGGUUCUUGCAGACAUCGUUUCAUUUAGGUAAUGCGUUUAUUCUUUCCGUCUCUCAAUGUGGAGGUAAUGCUAACAAUUUCAACAGUCUUGAAGAAUGUGAAGGGUUCUGUCUGGACACUCAAUGUCAACAUGGACAGGCAUAUCGCGUUGGUGCCGUGAACGCUGUAUGUGCUCUUACAGCUACGAAUACAUGCCCUCAAUCGCACUCAUGUAUGAGUCCAGUCUUCGGGCCAUCUGCAGUAUGCUGCCCAAAUCCUGAGCUAACCUGCAAUGAAAUGGUCUCUGCUGGAACACCCUGUUUUGGCCGAUCUGUCACUAUUCAGCGAUUUUACUUCAACCCAUCGACCAGGUAA